AUUUGGGGUGUUGUUUUUCAUCGAAAAAAUGUCGAAUAAAAGCAAAACUAAAAGCUCUGAUGUUGUGGCGUACAGUGAGGUUGCAAUGAGGAACAAUUCCGCGGUGGUUGAAUAUUGUCGAACUUCAAUGGCUGCACUAUCAGGAUGUACAGCUGGCAUGUUGGGUUUUACAGGACUGUACGGUGCUGCAUUUUACAUUUUUGCGGUAACAGGCCUGUGGGGAAUGCUACUAUUGAAAGCUGGAUCAAAUUGGCAAGAGUACUUCGUUUCACGGAAAGCUCUAUUAACGAACGGAUUUUUUGGACAAUUGUUCACUUACGUCUUGUGUUGGACGUUUAUAUACGGGAUGGUGCACGUCUAUUAAAUUCCAAUAUCAUUUUGUUAUGUAAUUUAUAAUAGGUUAUUAUUUACCCUUUUGAAUGUUAGCAAGAGUUGUAUUUACUAAAUAUAAAUUGUAUCUCAGUAUUAGGCCAGAGGCCUACAUUAAAACCGUGAGCUGAUGUGGUAAUGUAA